AUGCCUUGGAUCAGAAUCCUCAUUUGGUCGGCGUACUUGUCCUCAGACUGGAUUGCUACAAUAUCCCUUGGUACCCUCUCCAACAGCCAAGGAGAUUCGGAAGGGAAACUUCUGGAUCCAAACUAUACCCUCAUGGCAUUUUGGGUACCAUUCCUCCUCUUGCAUCUUGGUGGCCUGGAUACUAUCACCGCUUACUCCUUCGAAGAUAAUGAGUUGUGGUUAAGGCAUUUGCUUGGACUCGUAGUCCAAGUUGGAGUGGCUUUCUACGUGUUUUUCAGGUCUUGGGCUGGAACACGACUCACAUUUCUGUCCAUUCCAAUGUUUGUGGCUGGAAUUAUCAAGCAUGGAGAGAGGACCUGGGUUCUGAGGUCUGCAAGCAAGAAUCACUUUAGAGAUUCUUUUCUUCCAGCUCCUGAUCCUGGACCUGAUUAUGCUAAUUUCAUGAAGGAACACGAAACGAAUGUUGGUAUAAUCAGGAAAGAAUUGUUUGAAAGUAUUCGAAGAAGUCAAGAACCAAUUAAGUAUGACAGUGCUAUUGCCGGUGGAAAAUAUAUUGAUAAAGCUUACUUAUUCAAGAACCAAUUGAGACAUCUAUAUGCAGAACUCAUCCUCAGAUUGGCUGACCAAAAAACCAGUGAGGGCAUCAUCAGGUCCUUGUCAUUCGAUAAGGCCUUCGAAGUGGUAGAUAUGGAGCUUAGUUUCUUGUACAAUGUGCUCUACACCAAGGCAACAGUGGUUUAUUCUCUACUUGGCAUUCUUCUCUGCACUGCCAGCUUUUUGUCCAUUAUUUCUACCUCAGCAACCUUUUGCUUCUUCAUCGAUAGGCAUGAGUUCUCAAACAUUGACAUCAACAUUACUUACACAUUACUCUUUGGAGCUAUUUUUCUGGAGAUUUACGCUAUCGUUAUAUUGAUUUUGUCUAACUGGAGCAUUGUCUGGUUGAGCAGGAAGAAGAACCCUCGGAUUGAUUCCAUUUGUCAAGCCAUUACCUCUAUUUGA